AUGGAAGAAAACGAGGAUAUAUGCGGAACGAUGGGUAAAAAGAGACUUCGUAGAGUGUCAUCGCGGACGUCCACCACCAGUGUCAUUAGCGUUACUGAGCCAUCCCCGACACUGCUCCGGAGAAACAGCUCAAAGCGGCAUGUUUUACAAAGAGGCAGUUCAUUCACAUUCUUGACUCCUGGGACGCCUUGGGAAUUUGGUCUUAAGAGAAAGCGCAAAGACAAAGAUGAUGACACAGUCAGUUUGUCCAGUUUUGACUUAAAGGAACCAACCAACAAACGAGUGCGGUCACUAGCUAAGGUGUCAUCCCUCGUCAAUCUGAUUUCACCUUCAAAAAAUGGAGCUGUUCGGCGCUUUGGACAGACCAUCCAGUCUAUGUCUUUACGAAGUGACAGCAAGUCUCCAGGGAUGACACUCAAAGGGAAUAGCAAAGCAGCCGGUCCCACACCAACCAAACGCAGAAACAGCACACUGUGGUCCGAGACCCUGGGCGUACAUCAGAAGAGCACAUUCUCCACCAAAGAGAUCAAACGACAAGAAGCAAUUUAUGAGCUGUACAGAGGAGAACAGGAUCUAAUUGAAGAUCUUCAACUUGCUAGAAAGGCGUAUCAUGACCCCAUGCUCAAGCUCUCAAUUAUGACUGAGGAAGAAUUAACACAUAUAUUUGGAGACCUUGAUGCAUACAUCCCUUUACAUCAGGAUCUUUUGAUGAAGCUUACUGAAGGGACAGGCCCCGACGGAACAGUAGCUCUGAUUGGACAGAUUGUUAUAGACUGGUUGCCGGGCCUCAAUGCAUACAAAGGCUACUGCAGUAACCAGCUUGCAGCAAAAGCUCUGCUGGACAUGAAGAAGCAGGACAGACGAGUGCAGGACUUUCUGCAGCGCUGCCUGGAGUCUCCAUUCAGCCGGAAACUGGACCUCUGGAGCUUCCUGGACAUCCCACGCUCACGACUGGUUAAAUAUCCACUGCUGCUGAGAGAAAUACUCCGACACACACCUGCUGAUCACCUAGACGUGAACAGUCUUGAGAGAGCUAUAACUAUAAUACAGGAAAUCUUAUCUGACAUAAAUGUGAGAAAAGGGGAGUCCGAGUGUCAGUAUUACAAAGAUAAACUGGAAUAUCUGGAUGACAAGCAGCGGGACCCUCUCAUAGACGACUGUAAGACCCUCCUCUGUCACGGCGAACUGCGCAACAAGAGUGGCUCGAGGCUGCAUGUGUUCCUGUUUUCGGAGUUGCUGGUCUUGACCCGUCCUGUGACUCGAAAUGAAAAGAGCUGUUUCCAGGUUUAUCGUCAGCCAAUCCCAGUGCAGGACCUGGCUCUGGAGGAUCUGCAGGACGGAGAGAUCCGAAUGGGCGGCUCUUUCAGGGGAGCUUUUGUCGCUGGAGAAAAAGCCAAAAAUGUCUUUCGUCUGAGAUCCCUGGAUCCAGCCCAUGGCCAGUCACACACGUUGCAUGUCAACGACGUCUACCACAAGCAGCAAUGGUUAAAUUGCCUGCGCACCGCCAUGGCCCAACAUCAGAGGGCGUCACCCAAAGCUCAGGGGGAAGUUGUAGAAACUAAAAGAAGCUCUUCCAUUUCCUCAAUUACUAUUCAAGACGGUGAAGAAAAAGACGAGAACUGCCCUGUCCCUACCUCAGGCCCCAAGUUAAGGCCUCAGACAGUCUCACAAAUCAAACUGGAUCAGACCUCGCAAAGCAUUACAAAGAGAAAGGAAACUGGAGUCUAG